UGUUUACGUGUAGAGAGACGAAGCCACCCCACUCCGUUUCUGCCUACCUAUCUUUGAUUUCAUCCUUCCACACGCUCAUUCAUUUCGAAAAAAGUACUUGCCCAUCACGGAACGACGGAGGUGCGGCUCACGGUUUUUUUUUGUCCUAUCGAGUCGGGAACGGAAAGUAAACGUGUCCAUACCGUGAGAGAAAGUGAAUCGAUCUGUGCCUGGGAGGUUCUUGCCGUUGGGCAGCUGGUUAAUUUUGGCAGUUUUCGGGUUCCCGUUAACCUGGAAGUGAAAUCGUGAAGAAGAAAAAGAAGCACACCCGCACAAGAUGGGAAUUAAAUUCUUGGAAAUCAUUAAACCGUUUUGCAGUAUCCUGCCGGAAAUUGCAAAACCGGAACGAAAGAUCCAGUUCCGGGAGAAGGUGCUAUGGACGGCCAUUACCUUGUUCAUUUUUCUGGUCUGCUGUCAGAUCCCGCUGUUCGGUAUUAUGAGCUCGGAUUCGGCCGAUCCCUUCUACUGGAUUCGUGUUAUUUUGGCUUCCAAUCGAGGCACGCUGAUGGAGCUGGGAAUUUCACCGAUUGUGACGUCUGGUUUGAUUAUGCAGCUGCUGGCCGGAGCGAAGAUUAUUGAGGUCGGUGAUACACCGAAGGAUCGGGCUUUGUUCAACGGGGCACAAAAACUGUUCGGUAUGGUUAUUACCGUUGGGCAGGCUAUCGUUUACGUCAUGACCGGAAUGUACGGUGAUCCGGCGGAAAUCGGUGCCGGAGUGUGUUUGCUUAUCAUUAUUCAACUCUUCGUGGCUGGGUUGAUUGUGCUGUUGCUGGACGAACUGCUGCAGAAGGGAUAUGGACUUGGAUCAGGAAUUUCGCUGUUUAUCGCAACCAACAUCUGCGAAACGAUUGUGUGGAAAGCAUUCUCGCCAGCUACGGUUAACACCGGUCGUGGAACAGAGUUCGAAGGUGCUGUGAUUGCACUGUUUCAUCUAUUGGCUACCCGUCAGGAUAAGGUGCGAGGACUGCGCGAGGCAUUCUACCGUCAGAAUCUUCCAAAUUUGAUGAACCUGUUGGCAACCGUGCUCGUCUUUGCGGUGGUCAUAUACUUCCAGGGCUUCCGAGUGGAUCUACCGAUCAAGUCGGCCCGCUAUCGCGGUCAGUACAGCAGCUAUCCGAUCAAACUGUUCUACACGAGCAACAUCCCGAUCAUUCUGCAGUCGGCACUGGUUUCCAAUCUUUACGUCAUUUCACAGAUGUUGGCGGUAAAAUUCCACGGCAACUUCCUGGUCAAUCUGCUGGGAACCUGGGCCGACGUUAGCGGCGGUGGACCGGCUCGUGCCUACCCGAUCGGAGGUCUCUGCUACUAUCUGUCGCCACCGGAGAACUUGUCGCACAUCGCAACCGAUCCGAUUCACGCCGUGCUUUACAUCGUCUUCAUGCUGGGCAGUUGUGCAUUCUUCUCCAAGACGUGGAUCGACGUUUCCGGCAGUUCGGCCAAGGAUGUCGCCAAGCAGCUGAAGGAACAGCAGAUGAUUAUGCGUGGUCAUCGGGAGAAUUCGAUGAUCCACGAGUUGAAUCGGUACAUUCCGACGGCGGCUGCGUUUGGUGGGCUGUGUAUCGGAGCGUUGUCGGUGAUUGCGGAUUUCAUGGGUGCGAUUGGAUCCGGAACCGGUAUUCUGCUGGCCGUGACUAUCAUCUAUCAGUACUUUGAGAUUUUCGUUAAUGAGCAGAGUGAAAUGGGCGGUAUGGGAACGAUGUUGUUCUAGAUAGGUUCGGCAAUUGUUUGCCAGUUAGGAAUCGUACUCAUCCAGUUAGUUUCGUGUGUAAUUUUGUUUUUACUGCGAGCGAACGAGGUUCACCGUUCAUCACCACCGCGUUCUGUUUUGUGCGAAGAAAUGCAAGUAAGGACAGUCAGGCUAUUUUCUGUUUGGUUUGUUUUGUUGUAGAACAAAGGCAGCAGGUUCAUUGACUAACUUAUUUUUUCACAGUCCCUCAUAUGAGUAAUAGGAAGUUGUGCGUAAUAGAGGAGUAAAAAAAAACUUUAGAAACUUAACGAAAAGUAAUAAGCAAUAGGCAGGAUGUCGCAAUGGCGGCAAAUAAAAGUAACAAAUAGGGGAAAAGGAAAAACAUUGAAGAGAUUUUAAGACUUUUCCUAUUACUAAGAUAAGAGAGCAUUUUGUGUUUUGUUCGUUUUGUGAAAAGAACAAUAAAGUACAGUUUUGAAAAUGAA